AUGUCCGCGAUCACCGAAGUGAAUCGAAUCUUCGGCAUAAAAAAUACUCACGUUCUUGAGCUCUCCGCGACCGUACUCAAAAUAAUCGUCAACGAUGCGUGGAUUCAAUCCAUGGUCGACACCGGUCGAAUACCGACAACCUGUCCUCCUCUCACUCUGCCCGACACGGAAAUAAGUGCUCUCCUGCACCAACCCGAAGAUCAGCUGCCGUCAGGAUUCACAUUUAUCCAGGUCGACCUGGCGCGUAAGCGAGGAGAUUUGCUCGUACCGAGGGUACCGUUGAACACGCAGGAGCAAUCGACAGCGACCUCGAAGAGCAUCUACGAAAUCUUGAAAAUUGUGAAUGAGACCAACUUCCAGAAUUUGUGGACCGAUAUUGGAGACGAGUCAGGCGACAAAGAACAACAUUCCGUGAAUGAUUUCCAGACUUUUGAUGAGAGAUUACGCGUGAUCCUGGACAAGAUGUAUAACUGCAGAGUGAUAACCUCCUGUGAUAAUCCGAAAAUUUCAUCGAAAGCACAAGAUGCUAGGAAUCCCGUUACCGCGCACCCAGGUGUCGCGCCUGUAAGGGUUAUCGUGGAGACUGCUACCCACUUUGUGCUGCUGUCGUCGUCCUACCCGCACUCUUUGAUGCACUUGCCGAGAUUCUCCCCAGCGGUUCUCCACAAGUCGCCUUCACGAGGCUUGUUCAUCCUCUUCCAAUUGGCAGAGCUCAUCUCUUUCCUGAGGAACUCAGAUUUCGAUUUCCGUGAUUUGACACUAGAGGAUUUUCGAAUCACCGAAGCCUACUGGAUAAUGCUGUGUCCUCGCUGGCAUUCCUCGUUGAUGAAGUCGGUCAUCUCGUCGUCGGAGCACGCAGACGGGAAGACCAGAGGCUCCUGCGGAGCAGGUUCGAGUGAAUCCCCUCUGAACAUGUCACUCGCAGAAGCUUCAAACGCUUGGGUAGAUGGGAAAAUGAAAACAUUCGACUACCUCGUCCUUCUAAACAAAUUGAGCGGUCGCCGAACAGACAACCCUCAUUAUCAUCCCGUUUUCCCGUGGGUGUCGGACUUGUCCCAGGCGGAUGGAACCAAUUUCCGUGAUCUCUCUAAAACCAAGUUCAGAUUGACUCGUGGCGAUCGUCAGCUCGACGUCAUGUACGAAAGCGCACUGAGCAUAGCUCAGAAUCCCGACUCGAUUCAGCUGCCCCUGAUGGAAAAAGCCGUCCAGGUUCCGCACCAUAUAUCUGAGAUUUUAUCUGAUAUCACCUACUACGUCUACAAGGCUCGACGUUUCAGUCGAGAAACGCUUUGCACGCACGUUCGCCAGAAGUGGGUUCCGGCGGAAUACCCGGUUUCCAUUCAGCGUUUACAGGAAUGGUCGCCGAACGAGUGCAUUGCCGAGUUUUUCACCGAUGCCUCAAUUUUCCGAUCAAUCCAUCCCGAUUUACCGGAUCUUGAAGUUCCCAGCUGGGCAGAUAGUCCGGAGGAUUUUGUUGAGAAGCACAUGAAGAUGCUCGAGAGUGAUUACGUUGCGGAACAUCUCCAUCACUGGAUAGAUAUCACGUUCGGCUACAAGCUAACAGGCGCCCCAGCUAUCAAAAACAAGAAUGUCAGCUUGCCUCUCGUCGAUAAUCAUACAACCUUAAUGGACUCGGGGGUGACACAGCUUUUCACCAUGCCUCAUCCCCCGCGCAGGAGGCUCCACGCUGUUAGGAUUCCGAAGUUUUCGACCUCUACGGUGCUUCGGAAUCCUUCUUUGUGGCAUCAUCGACGAGGACGAUCAGUCCAUGGCAGACAGACUGAAAGAGACGACGAUGGCGCUACCGAAGAAGCCACGGAGCAGCCGUCUGGUUUGAAUCGACGACUUUUCAGAACGUCGCGAUCGGUGACACGCGAACCCCAAACUAGUCGACCGGAAUCUCUGCCGAUUCAUAUGCCGAAAGAGUUUCAAGCGUUCACUCUCUUAGGCCAACUUGAGGCUCAGUUCCUCUUCAACCAGAAGCAACUCAUAAACACCCAGGGAAUUGGCUACAUCAAGACAAAGGAGGAGUCGUCUGCGUUUUUUUCUCCCGAGACAGAAUCGCUCACUCAUGGUUCCUUGGCAAUCUUUAGAUCCCAUCGAGCUGUCGAGAGGAAGGUCCUGGAAGAAGAUACCCUCUUGUUGGGUUGUCUUCUCGCGGAACUCUGCUUGGCGUCCGUCUAUUCGGCCCAAUCUUCCGGGUUGCCUCUGUAUGAAAGGACUGAGUUUCUGCGGAAAGCCGUGCAAUGUUCCAACGUACCGAGGUAUCUGCGAAGCAUCAUAACUACGCUACUACCUCCCCAAGGAGUUUUCGCCCCAGUUUCUCAUCAUGGAUUGCCUCCACCGUUCCCCGAGAUGAUUCUCCUGCCUCAAUUUCCAUACGCGAGAUUCCCACCCGCGUUUCGCUAUCUCUACCACUUCGUGGCAACGACCGACCCACAGAGCGAGAAGGUCGCAGACCAGAGUCAUAUUUCACGGAUCUCGCGACACCUACCUUCUCUACUGAAUUCACUCAAUCGGGAGUCAAUCGAUUUGGCGUUAACAUGCUUAGCUCCACUGAUGCGUCGGCCCGAAUCGAACGUCAUGGCUCUAUGGCAUCUCUUCGAGCCCCUGGCUCGCGCACUCGGCCCCAAGGACGCCGUCGACGCUUUCCUCAAGGAUCUCGUCAGGGCGUUCGACCCAGAAGUAGCCACAGCAAAGCACAUCAAGCUGUACCACCGAUCGUUUCUCCUCCAGCUGAUGGUCCGACUUGGUCUCCAGUCGUUUCUACAGCACUUCGCUACGGUCCUCGUCGAGGCAGUGGGCGGGUACAGGGACUUUGAGCACGACAUUGACUUAAUUCUACCUUUUGCUUCUCGAGGCAGCGGCAACGCGAGCCAGGGCAAUCCCCAACCCCAGUCCGCGCUGCUCUCUGCACAGCACGCCGGCAGCACUCCACAUAGAUGCAAGUUGAGCAAGAAGCAGUCGCACUUGGAUUCGACCGAGCUCGAGGAGCUCGAAUCUACGCUGGCCUCGGUGCGUUCGGUACAUUCGGACAAAACUGUUUCGGAGAAGAAAGCGGAAUCGCCUCCCGUGUCGGAUCAGCAGGUCGAGGAUGUGGCGGACCAAGAGAUGUUCCUCUUCGAUGCCGAGGAAAGCGACCUCACCAACAGCCAGGAGAGCAAUUAUACGAGUCGGCCUCGCUCAUCGACGGCGCAGACGCUCGUCGAAGAACCUCUUCAGACCAGCGACCCUCUUCCGAACAUGCCACCGUGCGGAGCAUCCGCCCCGACCACGAGCGGUUUCAAGCGAGCGAUUGCCCUCAAAGAUAUCAAUUCCAGCUCGUACAAUAUCAGUGACGUGGCAUCCGAGAGCAUAGUCUGGCUAGCGCACAGACUCGGCCCUGUCCUCACGGCAAGACACCUGACGAGGAACUUGCUCAGGAUGCUCACGCUCUGCUACUCGGGACGAGAGCAAAUGGACUUCACAGAAGCGCUCUACAAAGAAAACAGUGACUACGUGGUGAACUUAUCGCAAACGUAUGUCCUCGGCGAUGUGGCUGCCAUGAAAGCGUACUCGACUCUGUGCGACAUCGCUUUCCUCUACGGCGAGCACUUCAUAACUUCACAAUACAUGCAGCAUGUCGCGGAUCUCGUCGAGCUCUGCAAAAAACAUAUGACGGAAACCCUCGAAGCUUCGCUGCUUGGGGGCAUAACUCUCUUAAAACAUGUGAUUCCUCUUCUGACGGAUUCCACUCUGAUGAAUCACCUUCAGACUACGAUUAUCCGAAAUAUAAUCUAUCCUUCGAUCCAACUGGUUUCGUCCCUCCAUCACGUGUUCCCGAAUGGCUCUUACUCGAGAAGACUCAUCGCAUACCGACUCGCCGACGUCCUCCAUUUGAUUUCGUUGCGGAUCGGUUUCGAGAUGUCGCGCCAACAUCUGUCGACUGUUCUCCGGAGAUUUUUCGUGUCCUUCGAGAGGGCGUUUUGUGACGAAGGAAGCCUGGAGUCAGUGGAACAUCUAACACCGUUGAGCAAAAGUUUUGAGAAAUGCGCAGGUGCGCAAAGUUUCAACCAAAGCAUGGACGACUACCUUGAUAUCAAGAAAGACUCACCAAGUCAGGAAUACAGGAUUGGGACCCCAGUGAAAAUAUCAUCCGUGCUCGUCAGUCGGGCAUUGCCAUUCCAGCCUUCUCCGCCGAUCCUUACCCAACAAUCCACAGCCUGCACUGUACAGCAGCGAGCGCUGGAGGAGAUUCGCGCAGUUUUCGAUGCUGAAAUGGCGCACAUAACCUACAUCCCAUUCUGUAAACAAAUUGGGGGAAUCUACAUGGCCGAGACCAUCCUCGGAGCCAACAACGAGCUCGUACGCACCCUCUGCCUGCGCGAAGAUGAAUCGGAACCGGGCUCUAGCGGCUCGGUGGGAGGAAACCUAGGCCACAAGAGAAACCCGAGUCAAGGUCAAGAUGAAAUUUUCGUAUCGAGCGAGUUCGGGAAGAACGUGGCCAUCAUGGGCAAUCGGAUCGAUGUUCAAGCGGACCCGGGUCUUCUCGAUGAGGAUCCAUCGAAAAAAUCAGCACAACCCAGUACUUCGAAUCUCAACCAAGCCACGGCCGGAGGUCCUCUCAGUGUCGGUCGUUACGACAUGAACCUCUUGAGGAGAAAAAUGGCAAACACCCAACGGCAUCUGAAGGGAAAUUGGCUCACAUAUUGGGAGCACGAAGUCGGCCAAGAUCCGAAGAACACUUCGAAUUUAUAUUUCAAACAGAUCAAGUUACAAUCGUUCGCGGGACACACUGCGGGCAUCCGUCAGAUAACCGCGUUGGACAACGAGAAUUCCUUCCUCUCGGCGUCUAAGGACAGAACUGUCAAGCUGUGGUCGCUUCGGAACUCUGGCAGCGACCUCGUUCCGUGCAGUUCUCAGUGGACCUAUGCGCAGCACAAGAGAAGUGUUUUCGCUGUACACUUCCUGGAUUCUCAUAGAGUGGUCGGCUCGUGUGACGGCUCGGUCCACAUAUGGGAUCCGUUCUUGGGCUCUACGAUCAGCGUCUUCGACCAGACGCGUUAUCCGGCCAUGACAGCCUUCGCCGUUCUGAGCGCACCGUCAAACUGCUUCCUCGCUUCGACCGUGACGGGUCUCAUCAAAGUACUGGAUGCGAGAUGUGAGAAAUACCAGCACGACUUCAAGACCUCACUCGGUGGAUCGGGGAGCAUCAGGUGCAUUACGGCCGGAGUCGACAAUCAGUGGGUGGCCAUAGGACACUCAUCGGGCAUGGUGAGUGUCCUCGACUUGCGAACAGGCAUCUUGAUGGGAACUUGGAGCGGUCACGAGGGCGAAAUCCUGCAGAUAAAGAGUCUAUCUGGAGGUCUUUUCGCAACAUCCGGGUUGGAUCAGACCGUUUCCGUGUGGAGCGCCGAAGAAGCUAAACUUCGAUGCCAUUUGAAAGGGAUCGCAGACUCGACCGUUUGUAUUGCGAGCCAUCAACGGGAGAUCGUCACCGGAACGACGUCGAAUAGAGUUACAAUCUAUUCAUCCAUCGAAGAACCGCAAAGUGCGACCGGCGUGAAAUUGAGAAGCGAUUCAUUCAAGGGAAUGCUCACCAGCAUCGCGAUUCUGCCGUUGAACAGGUUACUCCUCAUGGGCUCAGACAACGGGUCCAUAAGUUUGUACUGUUAGCAGACUUCUCGAGACAAGGCUUCAAAACCCGGCCCUCUGCGAGCAUAAGAAGAACACGUUUCAUUUUUAAGAAAUGGAGCGAGCGUAUCUGUGAUAAUAAUGAAUCGAGUGUAUAUAAAUGACGAAAUG